GAGCCACGUUUGAGAGGUAGGGGUUAUUACGGAUUUAUCUCAUUGAUAUUGAUCAAAAAGAAUUAAACGAAACUUGCAAUUUUCUGCGCAUAGCAUUAGCUUUUCCCCAUUGUGCAAAAAUGGCACGAGUGCUUGUAGGUGUGAAAAGAGUGAUCGAUUAUGCAGUGAAGAUUCGCGUCAAGCCGGACAAGUCCGGGGUAGUCACAGAUGGUAUCAAACAUUCGAUGAACCCGUUCGACGAGAUAGCCAUAGAGGAGGCGGUCCGUAUGAAGGAGAAGAAAAUAGCCCAGGAAAUAAUAGCGGUCAGCUGUGGACCGACGCAGUCGCAGGACGUAAUCAGGACCGCGCUCGCCAUGGGUGCGGAUCGUGGCAUUCACGUGGAGAUAUCCGGCCCGGAGUACCAGACGCUGCAGCCCGUUCACGUCUCCAAGAUACUGGCGAAACUCGCGCAGCAGGAGAAGGUGGAUCUGGUGAUACUCGGCAAGCAAGCGAUAGACGACGAUAACAAUCAGACCGCACAAAUGACCGCCGGCGUCUUGGAUUGGCCAUCCGGCACUUUUUGCAGCAAGAUCGAAAACAAUAACGGCGAAUUGACCAUUACGCGCGAGAUCGACGGUGGCUUGGAAGUCGUCAAGAUGAAAACUCCCGCGGUGCUGAGCGCCGAUCUUCGCCUGAACGAGCCGCGUUACGCGACUCUGCCGAAUAUUAUGAAGGCCAAGAAGAAACCCAUCAAGAAGGUCACUGCGAAAGAUCUUGGGGUAGACGUGGCGCCGAAAAUUGAGAUACUGUCGGUGGAAGACCCGCCAGUCAGGCAGGCUGGUGCUGUAUUACCGGACGUUGACACCUUGAUAGCCAAAUUGAAGGAGAGCGGUCACGUUUAGCCAAGUCGCGUAUGGGAUGAUCGUAAGAAAAACGGAAAUUGUCUCUUAACUCUUCUUAUAUUUUAAUAACUUGUUUUGUAUAUAGUAUAAUGCUUUUGUACAUCGUCAGAAAUUGUAUAAGAUAUAAUAUAUAUAUAUAUAUUUCAAUAUAAAUUUGUACCGCAACGCGCGCAUAUGCGCUCAUAGAGAAGGAAGAAAAUUAAAUAUAUAAUUAGGAAUAUAAUAAAAUACUGCCUAUAUAUAUA